UCUAUUUGUGGAGCCAGCAGCCACCAUGGCCGAGCCCCGGGGUCCCCUCGACCAUGGAGUCCAGAUUCGCUUCAUCACAGAAUCUGUGGGUGGUGCUGAGACAGGAACCCUACGCCGUGGUGGACGGCGCCCAGCCAAGGAUGCAAGAGCCAGCUCUUAUGGGGUGGCCGUGCGUGUACAGGGCAUUGCUGGGCAGCCCUUUGUGGUGCUCAACAGUGGGGAGAAGGGUGGUGACUCCUUUGGGGUCCAAAUCAAGGGGUCCAGCAACCAAGGUGCUGGAGCUCUGAGUUCUGACUCAGAAUUCCCUGAGAACCCUUACUCUCAGACCAAGGGGUUUCCUGCCACCUCGCAGGGCAGUGCUUCUGAUGAGGAGCCUGGCACCUACUGGAAUGGAAGGCUCCUCCGUUCCCAGUCCCAGGCCUCACUGGCAGGCCCUGCCCCCAUGGCUCCAAACAACAGGAGCACCAGUCUGCUAGAGUUAGCCCCCCAGGGGCCUGCCCCAGCCAGCACCAUUGACACUGCGCCCUUGUCUUCAGUGGAUUCACUUAUCAAUAAAUUUGACAGUCAACCUGGGGCUGGUGGCCAGACCCGGGGCCGGACUGGGCGCCGUACACGGACGCUGCCCCAUGAACAGCGAAAGCGGAGCCAGAGCCUGGACAGCCGGCUUCCACGUGACUUCGUGGAGGAGCAGGAACGCCAGUCCCCCAAUCACCUUUCUUCUAGCACAAAGUAUGACAGCCACGUGAGCAGCUCAAAACAGCUGCCCCAGAGCCAGAGCCCUCUCGGUGGCUUCAGCCGUUCCCGACAGACCCAGGAUUGGGUCCUGCAGAAUUUUGAAGAGUCACGCGAGCGAGCACAGGACCCUGCCAUGCUGCAGUUCAAAUCAACCCCAGAUCUCCUUCGAGACCAGCAGGAGGCAGCCCCCCCAGGCAGUGUGGACCAUGUGAAGGCCACCAUCUAUGGCAUCCUGAGGGAGGGGAGUUCAGAAAGUGAAACCUCUGUGAAGAGAAAAGUCAGUUUGGUGCUAGAGCAGAUGCAACCUCUGGUGAUGGCUUCUCCUGGACCUGCUAAGGCCUUGGCAGGACAGAGUGAGCUCACUCGAAAACUGGAAGAGCUACAACAUAAAUUGGAUGAAGAGGUGAAGAAGCGUCAGAGGCUGGAGCCAUCCCGGGUGAGGCUGGAGCGGCAGCUGGAGGAAAAGGCAGAGGAGUGUAGCCGACUGCAAGAGCUUCUGGACAGGAAGAAGGGGGAGGCCCAGCAGAGCGUCAAGGAACUUCAAAGCAUGAAGCUCCUUCUGGACCAGGGUGAACGGUUACGACAUGGACUGGAGACCCAGGUAGAGGAGCUGCAGAACAAGCUGAAACAGGGUCCUGAGCCUACAAAGGAGGUGCUGAUGAAGGACCUGGUGGAGACCCGAGAACUUCUUGAAGAGGUCUUGGAGGGGAAGCAGCGGAUAGAGGAACAGCUAAGGCUGCGAGAGCGGGAGCUGACAGCCUUGAAGGGGGCCCUGAAGGAGGAGGUGGCCUCCCGGGACCAAGAGGUGGAGCAUGUUCGGCAGCAGUACCAGCGAGACACAGAGCAGCUUCGCCAAAGCAUGCAGGAUGCAACCCAGGACCAGGCGGCAUUGGAGGCUGAGAGGCAGAAGAUGUCAGCCCUGCUACGAGGGCUGCAGAGGGAGCUGGAGGAGAGCUCAGAGGAGACAGGGCAUUGGCAGAAUAUGUUCCAGAAGAAUAAGGAGGAGCUCAGAGCCACCAAGCAGGAGCUUCUGCAGCUGCGGAUGGAGAAAGAGGAAAUGGAAGAGGAGCUUGGGGAGAAGAUGGAAGCCUUACAGAGGGAACUGGCGCAGGUCCGAGCUGGUGCUGGAGAUACUCAGCAGGUUGAGGCGCUCAAGAAGGAGCUGCGCCGAGCACAGGAAGAGUGCAAAGAGCUGCAGGCAGAGCAGCAGAGCCAGGAGAUGGCUGGCCAGCUCCGGGAACGGGAGUUGGAGAAGAAACUGGGAGUCCUCAGGGUCGAGGCUGACCGAGUCCAGGAGCUGGAACAGCAGAACCUGCAACUCCAGAAGACCCUCCAGCAACUGAAACUGGACUGUGAAGAGGCUUCCAAGGCUAAGAUGGCAGCAGAGACGGAGACGUCAAUGCUGGGGAAGCGUCGGGCAGCAGUGGAAACAACCCUUCGGGAGACCCAGGAGGAGAAUGAUGAAUUCCGACGGCGCAUCUUGGGUCUGGAGCAGCAGCUGAAAGAGGCGCGAGGCCUGGCGGAGGGCGGGGAAGUGGUGGAGGCACGACUUCGGGACAAGGUCCAGCGGCUGGAGGCAGAGAAACAGCGGCUAGAGGAGGCCCUGAAUACAGCUCAGGAAGAAGAAGGGAGCCUGGCAGCAGCCAAACGGGCAUUGGAGGCCCGGCUGGAGGAGGCCCAGCGGGGGCUGACUCGCCUCGGGCAGGAGCGCCAGGCACUGAACCAGGCCCUGGAGGAGGAAGGGAAGCAGCGUGAGGCCCUCCGGCGGGGCAAGGCUGAGCUGGAGGAGCAGAAGCGUCUGCUGGACCGGACUGUGGACAGACUGAACAAGGAGCUGGAGCAAAUGGGUGGUGACUCGAAGCAGGCUCUGCAGCAACUACAGGCUCAGCUGGAGGAUUAUAAGGAAAAGGCCCGGCGGGAGGUGGCAGAUGCCCAGCGCCAGGCCAAGGAUUGGGCCAGUGAGGUUGAAAAGACCUCUGGAGGACUGAAUCGGCUUCAGGAUGAGACUCAGCGGCUGCGGCAGGCCCUGCAGACAUCCCAGGCUGAGCGGGACAGUGCCCGGCUAGACAAAGAGCUGCUGGCCCAGAGACUACAGGGGCUGGAACAAGAGGCAGAGAAUAAAAAGCGGUCCCAAGAUGACAAGACCCGGCAGCUGAAGGGCUUGGAGGAAAAAGUUUCACGGCUUGAAGCAGAGUUGGAUGAAGAGAAAAACACUGUGGAGCUGCUGACAGACCGAUUAAAUCGUGGUCGUGACCAGGUGGACCAGCUGAGAACAGAGCUCAUGAAUGAGAGGUCUGCUCGACAGGACCUGGAGUGUGACAAAAUCUCUUUGGAGAGACAGAACAAGGACUUGAAGAGCCGGUUAGCUAGCUCAGAAGGCUUCCAGAAGCCCAGUGCCAGCCUUUCUCAGCUUGAGUCCCAGAAUCAGGAGUUACAGGAGCGGCUGCAGGCUGAGGAGAGGGAGAAGACAGUUCUGCAGUCAACCAACCGGAAAUUGGAGCGGAGAGUGAAAGAACUGUCCAUCCAGAUUGAUGAUGAGCGGCAGCAUGUCAAUGACCAGAAAGACCAGUUAAGCCUGCGGGUGAAGGCUUUGAAGCGGCAGGUGGAUGAAGCAGAAGAGGAAAUUGAGCGGCUGGACAGCCUGAGGAAGAAAGCCCAGCGUGAACUAGAGGAGCAGCAUGAGGUCAAUGAACAGCUCCAGACCCGGAUCAAAGCCCUGGAGAAGGACUCCUGGCGUAAAGCUGCUCGCUCAGCUGCAGAGUCAACCCUCAAACAUGAUGGACUGAGCUCAGAUGAGGAAUUCGACAGUGUCUACGACCCCUCAUCUAUUGCAUCACUGCUUACUGAGAGCAACCUGCAAACCAGCUCCUGUUAG